AUAUGUGCGCGCACGUCAGAAUCAAACAACACCCCCUUCUUUAAACUCGUUUAUGUGUAAUUGAUAUCUUCCAACGAAGAUAUAAAACGCCUGGAAUUUCAUUGUUUUGGAGCAAUGAAAUGAAAGUUACUCCGGAGUCCUCCGUCAAGGAUGGAUUCUAAAACACCUCCUGACAUCAGAUAAACUUAACAGACAGCUAGCUGAACGCAGCCUAAGAGGAUGCUGCUCCUGUCAAGUACAAAUGGAACAUAAAGUUGUGGAGGAUGGGUGGUGUUGGUGUUAGGAGAAAUGUUAGAAACUAGUUGUAUUAGUUGGAAAGGAUAUAUAGUCAGGAGAACAACUUUUUGCCACAAAAUUGGCUCAUAGAAUUGUAAAAUCAUUUACCUUUUGGUGUUGAGUCAGGGAGUCCAUUUUGACACUAAAUAAAGCAGAUAAAAAUAAUUGGCUGAUGGAGUACAGUGAGAGAGUUCUGUGCGGGAGCGGGGAGGUGGAGCUGGAUCCCAACAUUGUGAGUGAAGAGGCAGGAAAACUGUAUUCAGAACUACAGACAGUUAUUGAGACCCAUGGUGAAAGUGUGGUGGAGUCACUGGUACCCAUAUUUGUGUGGGUACUGGAGGGGCUGGCCAGCUGCAAAGCCCAGCUGAGAGACAGGGAGGAGGAGGCGGAGAGAGAGAAAGCAGAGCGAGAAGAGCUGCUGGAAAGAUACCAAGCUGAGAAAGCACUGAGGAAAGAAAGUCAAGAGAGGUAUCUGGAGCUGGAUGACCAAACUGAACAAGAAAGAAGAGCCAUGAGAGGGAGGGAAAAGGAGCGAGAACGGCGAGAGAGAGACCUAGAGAAGAAAGCGAGAGAGCAAGCUGAUCAAUUGGUGGCCUUGGAGGAGCAGAAGGCGAACCUGAAUAGAGAGCUGAGCACACUGAAGCAUACUUACAACAAGUUGGCUCACACACAUCGGGAUUUGUUGGAGAAGAGAAGGGACUCUGAAAGAGAUUCACCUCUAAGGAAUCACAUACGUCCCAAGAAUUCAGAAUUUCCAUCCAUCCAAGUCUCGUCAGAAUCCAGUGUUAAUGAUAAGCAGACUAUCCAAAGACCACAUUCAAACUCUGGACCUCCGUGUCUGGAAGAUCUACUAGCCAAGGGAGAAAAGGCGAUUGACAUCGCAGUGAAGUCCACCUCAGAUCAGUUUGUCAGUGACAUCAUAAGCUCCACUCCUGAACUGAGACAAUUUCAUGGCUGGGUGGAUGCAAGCUCCCCAGUUAGACCCAACACGGAAGAGCCAACGAAAAAUGAGUUGGAGACCAGCUUGGAGGACGAGAUGAGGGAGGUGGAGGAGGAGAAGGAAGGAGAGAAGGAGUGUAAAAUAGAAGAGCAGAAGGAAGGAGAGAUGAAGGAAAAAGCCGAGGAGGAGGUGGAGGAAGAUGACAGCAUGGAGUGGGAGCUACGCAACACAGAUUCUGUGUUCUCUGAACUGUCAGAGCUGAGUCGGGAUUAUGUGGAGAGUGUAGACCGAGGGGCCAGCGUCAGAGGUAGUGCCGACCAGUUUGAGGAGAUUCUUUCUCAGUAUGAGGAACUGAAAGUCACCAAUGAGUUAGUAGAAGCUGCUCGUAAGGCUUUAUUAUCUCGGGUAGUGGAGCUGACUGAUGACCGUUCGGCUCUCAAACUGGAAGUGACCUCACUUCAGGAAACAGCCUCUCGAUUAGAAGGCCGGAUGAAGGAGAAAGAGGAAGAAAUUAAAAGACUUCGGAAAGAACUGGAGGCGUGCCAAGCUGAGGAUCCUGAUGCCUCUCUACCUACAUCCAUGCGCCACUUCUCUCGUUCUGAAAUGGCUCGUGUGGUCAUGGAGAAGAACCAAUACAAGCAGCGUCUGUUUGAGCUGCAGGAGGCAAUCAGACGUAGUCAGGCACUCAGAGCAACAAAGGAGGAGAGGUUCACAGAGGACAGGAGAUCAAGUGUUUGGAAAAAGUUCAACCGUUUUUUUGGUCUGUCCAAGGAACCAUUAAUCUUGCCUCAGGCUCCUGCAUUUGCUCUUCCAACUUCUCCAUCACUAACUCGCUCUCCUCUGGGGUCUCCACAGUUACAGGCUGUCAGUCAAACUCAGGCAGAAUCUGCUUCUCCUGCUGCUCUCUCACCUCGUGUCAGGAGGAGGGAACUCUACAGAGAAAUUCGCUCACACAUUUGGGGAACACUUGGAAAACGACAGAUACACGGCUGGAGCACACCGCUGGCAAACACACAGGAAUCCCAGGAACCGGUCCCAGAGCCUAAAGAUGUGCCUGUUUUAGUGCAGCUUAGGCUGUUGGAUCAAAGAGACUCCACUGCUAAGCUGAACUGUGCUGUUGCUGUCACACCUGAGAUCUCAGGAGAGGCCACAUGUUCUGUGUGGGUAGUUUCUGGCCCUCCCUCCAGCAGCGAUAUUACAGUGAUUGAUCCAGCACGGUCCAACACAGUACUCGAUCAGUUCAGCCUCCCUCCCACAGCUCCUGCCCUCUGCAUCUGUGCUGUGCCUCCCAUAGGUGACGCCACAGGAACUGUGUGGAUUGGAACUCAGGAAGGAAGUAUCCUGGUACACUCGGCCUCUGCUGGCAGGAGGCGCUGUCUUCAGUCUGUUUCCCUCUCAGAGGGCAUUCAUUCGCUCACGUAUUCCCAGGGUCAAGUGAUAGCCGGUUUAGCUGACGGGACUUUAGCCUUUUUCUUACACAGUUCAGGUGACUGGAAUCUGCAGUCACACACGGUGAUGCCGCUUGGAUCGAACCCUUUGCAGCCUAUUCGUUGCUGCCUUGCAAAGGGUGGCCGCUUGUGGGUGGGAUAUUGGAACAAGGUCCAUGUGGUUGACAUUGACAGUAAGAGAGUUGAGCAAGUAUUCUCAGUCUCUGAGCGCAGUGAGCAGCAGGUUCGUUUCCUUUGUGCUGGUGGAAGUGGUGUUUGGACGUCCUGCCGACUUGACCCAAUCCUCAGGUUGUUUGACUGGUCAACUGGACGGCCGCUGCAGGAAGUUGAUUUUACUGCUUUGGUCACUAAAACAUUGGGUCAGUCCUUCCUGACACUCUCACCUCUUCAGAUCUCCUCUCUCAUUGUCAUCUCUGGCCGUCUGUGGGUGGGCACAGGAGGUGGUGCCGUCUUCUCCAUCCCAUUAUCUAUAACAUCAGAAGCGGUUUCUAUCCCAUAUUGCUCUAUUGCAUCAGCCCAGCUGUGUUACCAUGGACAUCGACAAGCUGUCAGAUUCAUCAUUGCUGCACCUGGUUGUUUGAUCACCUGCCCAGGCAGCAGCACUGUCACUACCUCUCAGCUUAUCCUCAGUGGAGGAGAGGGCUACAUCAACUUCCGCAUUGGAGACGAUGCAAAUGAUGGAUCGGCUGAGUUGUCCCAAGCUACACCUCAGCGGUCUGAACGCAGUCACAUGAUCAUCUGGCAGAAUCCCACCCCUCCUUUGCCCAGCCCUGCCCUCUGAUAUUGAUCAUCUCCCAGAUCUGCCCUUUUGGAAUAAAAUGAAGAUGCAGCAGAUAUAGACUGCUGAGACGGCACUGGCAAUAUUGCUUUCAUGGAAGUGAAUCAACCACCUUCUCAAUGUGACAGCAAUAAAAGUAUCCUCUAAAAGAUGUAUAUGAUAUAAACUGUUUCAUUCUUGUUUACCUCAUUCAUUUUGUACAUCUAUCUUUUGACUGGAUUCAUCCAAAAGGAUGAUGCUGCCUUAUUGUGUGCCUUCAUCUGACAUAAUAUCGUUAUUGUGGAAUUUGUCAAUGAGUCAACUGUUAAGAUCUUAUCCUCUGUCCUUUGUCCUUCCUCCUGCAUGGUUAUAGCCAAUUUCUUCCUUUGCACUAACAGUGCAUUGAGUUUCACUGACCCUUGUUGCUACUCGCACAGUGAUCCUUCACAUCCCUCCUCCAUUAGGGGGGCAACAUUUGUUAUAAAUAUUUUUAUCAUAAAGUUUAACUUAAUAAUGUGGCUGCUCUUUAAGCAGCUGUCUUCAUACUUGUUGUUAACUGUGAACUGGAAGCAGGCAUAUAUCUUCUCUCAACAUAAAGACAAUCAGACACUUUUUAUCUCCUGUUGCUGCAUUGAGAUUGAUAACUUCUUUUCAUCACUGUUUUUGUUCGCUUUCUUUUUCUUGCAUUUUCUGUUGUGAGUAUUAACUCAAAUUCAACCCUUUCAUAUUGCACGUGGUGUAAUUACAAAUAACUGCACAUUUUAAAUGUGUGUCUGUAUAUGAAUAUGUGUGAUAUCCCAUCUUCUUAAAGAACAAUUGCAGUGUUUGUCCUGAGAAAUUAUUUAUUUGUCUUUGCUUGAUGUCUUUCUGUGGAUGUCAUGAAAUGCUUUGAGUGUCUUAAUUUCUUUAAUGUUUUAUUUUGAUUUCAGGAUAUUUUGUAAAAUAAGGGAGAUAAUGUCUUUCAAGUGUCCUAUGCAGUAUUUAUAUGCAAUUACAAGUGCACAUUAUGUCGUUAAAGCUUCUCCUUAUUCUUCUUGCAAAUACAAGAAAGACCUGAGAACUGGUUCUGACUCAACCUUGUGCAAACUUGAUUACUGUCAUUAAAAAUAUCUUGAAUGAUU